UAUAUUCGAGUCAAGUUCGGGGCUUCUUGAGUCGAAUCCCAUAGGUAAGGCUGCCCUGCGCGCAGCACUAGGUCAUGCUGAUGCCUGUCCUGCUCUGGGAACAGAGACCUGUGAUGACAACGCUGCGGUCUGACGCUAUUUUCCUUAUAGAUCCUUCAGGGCUCGUUUCUACAGCCUUACAGGAGCUUUUGCAGUUUAGAUCUGCAUGUGAGAAGACUAACUGUGAAGCAUGUGCCAGCACUGAGACUGUGAGUAAUUGCAUCCACCUUUGGGUGCCAGUCACUUACUAGCCCGGAGCCACGGAAAUAUCUCCGAUUGUAUGCGAAGGCUGUCUGCGGGGACACCGCAGGUACGCGGCCGGGAAAGCCUCCGGAUCUCCAGCGGGGAAGCCGGAGCAGGUUUUUAAUUCAGUAACAGCGGCGGCGGGGCGGCUGUUUCUGCACAUUUAGAUACUUUACUAACUGAUUAUUAUUCAUGUUCCAUGAACCCCGAAAGCCAUACGUCUCGUUUUGUAUGCUUGGUAUAUGUUAUUAAGUUUUGUAACUGUGCUUAGACUGAGAGUCCCUCACACUGAGGGCAAAUGCUGAAUUAUAAGGUUAUUACUUCGAUAAGUAACAGAGGAAGAAUCUUGCCCGGCGUUAGUAUUUUGAAUGAAGCGGUUGGGGGUCGCCGCUCCUUUUCCAGUCUUUUCUUUGCUGUGAAACGACCCCUCCGCUGGGCGCUGACAGACACGCAGCAGACGAGGCUCAGACAGCCACAUGUCGCCUUUCCUGCAGACUGGAGGCAUUUCGCUGGAGACUUUCUUUUAUACUGGGGGAGAAAUGCUCCGUGAAGCUGAAACUGGAUAAGACACUUAAAGCUUACAAGGAAAUACCUGUAACGCCUGAUCCACUCCCCGUAUUUACUUGUGAGGCAAUAGAAACGAUGACUGCCCUGUGCAUGUGGAUUACGGAGGAUUUUCACUUUUGUAUGAAUAAUUGAUUUGUUGGUACGGGAAUUAAGUUUUUCAUUCAUCUAAAAGUCCAUCCGUGAAGCGCCAAGCUGGCGAUGGCCGCAGCGAUCGCCAGCUCUCUGAUCCGGCAGAAGCGCCUGGCACGGCAGCGGGAGAAGUCGGCCGUCCGGCGCUGCGGGAGCAGCCCGAGUAAUGGCAAGGCGGCGUGCGACAAGCCCGGCGUGCUCGGCAUCUUCUCUCGGGUCAAACUCUUCGGAUCUAAGAAGCGAAGACGGAGACGACCAGAGCCCCAACUUAAGGGCAUUGUGACAAAGUUGUACAGCCGGCAGGGUUUCCACCUGCAGCUCCAAGCAGAUGGAACCAUUGAUGGGACGAAGGAAGAGGACAAUGGCUACACCAUGUUCAACCUCAUCCCUGUGGGGCUUCGCGUGGUGGCCAUCCAGGGUGUGCAGACCAAGCUGUACCUGGCCAUGAACAGUGAAGGUUACCUGUACACGUCGGAACACUUCACCCCCGAGUGCAAGUUCAAGGAGUCUGUUUUUGAGAACUACUACGUGACGUACUCCUCCAUGAUCUACCGGCAGCAGCAGUCCGGCCGGGGCUGGUAUCUGGGGCUGACCAAGGAGGGCGAGAUUAUGAAGGGUAACCAUGUGAAGAAGAACAAGCCUGCUGCCCACUUCCUGCCCAAACCUCUGAAAGUGGCCAUGUACCGAGAGCCGUCCCUCCACGACCUGACCGAGUUCUCGCGCUCCGGCAGCGGCACACCCACCAAGAGCCGCAGCGCGUCCGGCGUGCUCAGCGGCAAGACGGCGAGCCAGACCGAAUCCACGUAGGGCGCGUGCGGCUCCGCCGGAUCCUGCAGACACCUCCGGAUUCCUGUUACUUCCAAGAAGAUCCUCCUGCCCUCUCCAGUCAACAGCAGUUCAGGACAGCAGACCAGAACGCCGAUACGUGUGAUAAUGGCCAGUGGCAGGUCUCUCAGAUAAUCAAUGGCAACAGCAAGAAAAUAAGCACAAGAAGAAUUGCUGACUUGUCCAGUUGCUCGCUCCUGUAAAACAGAAACUCCCUGUCCUUCCAAGGUUUCUCCAUCUCUCUGACUAACUGCUCUUUUAACUUUUCCUCAACCGCCUUGGUGGCACUAAUCUGGAUGUUUGGGAGCCUGAUCUCUGACUCCUCCAUUCUGAGUGAGCAUUCAGCACAUUUACCCAACACUGCCAAUACAGAGAGCCACCCCUGGCAUGUUUAGACAUUGAGGGUAACAUCAGGGACACAACGACAUUCAGCUGAUUGAGAAUGGCAUAGAGCACACCAAGGACAGAACCAGAGAAUCCUUCCUUAAAGUGGCUGAAACAAUGGAUGCAGAGGAAAGGAAACUGAGAGAUCAAACAAAAUAUAUUGAAAAUAAAGUAUGCAAGAAAAUCUGGUUUAGCAUUAGAGGGCAAACUGGUGGAUGUGCUGUUAUGUUAAAUGUUCUCCUUAUGUGUUGAUCUUGUCAUCUUGUCUGUCCCCCUCUCUUAGUCUAUUCCCAAUCCAGUGUAUGUGUCAAGCUCAGCUCGCUCCCUUUCCAGAGAAUUUAUUGGUCGACUUUUCACCAUGGUAACAUGGGGACAUCCCCACCCAAGGCGAUAUUUUGGGUAUUAAUAACUCAUUGUGGUCACAAAGUGUAAUUUUAGGUGGCUUAACCUUCUAUAGGAUCUGCCAUAUUUGUAAAUGUGAUAACAUGAACAUCAAGCUUCCCACAGGAUGUCCACAAGCACAGACAGACAUGUCUCUGUGGCCAGAGUUUCACUUUCUCUCUUUCCCUCUUUCCUUCCCUCUCUCUCUCUCAAAAUGUCUUUUGCUCCCUGUCUCGCUCUCUCUCACUCUCUCUCUCUCUCUCUCUCUCUCUCUCAGGAGGCUGCCUCUGGUUGGCUCCUGAUAUGUUUGUUUGUUUUGUUUCUGUGAUCUGUUGCAUGGGAGACAGUGGGGAAUAUGAAUAUAGCAUGACGUUGGCUACAUGUAACACUCAUGUUGAAUCAGGAUGAUGAACUUGCCGGUUUUAAGCCCGGGACUCUCUGUUUGUUAUGUCAUAUACACAAGAAAUGCACUGAAUAAAAUGUUUAUUACGGGACACUUUUAAAAA